AUGGCUUUUCCGCCUCUGGAAGUACAGCAGUGGGCUCAAGAGGCGUUUAGAACGUUAGAACGGGCGCGUGAACUAUCCUCGUCUGCCCAAAAUGUUCUCGAGUCCACCGCCCACAUACUAGGUGACCAACUACCAAAGAAAGUCCAAACAGCUACCGAGAAUUCCGACCUCAUAAUGGAUCAACACGCUAAUAUUACUGCAUUGAUAGAGCAUUUAAGAGUGCAAGUCAAAGAUACAGUCAUUGGGGCCCAUCAUAACGCUGUGGAUACACAGCUUAAACCCGUCCUCACAAGGCUAGAUGAAGUUCUAGGUCAAUUGGGCGAAGUUCCAGUCCCAGAAGCUUUGUUGGGUGACGAUGUUUCUGAAAAAUCUGCUUAUAAGCAUUUGAGUGACUUUGUUGCUCGUGAAGAGAUCGACUUACUUAAAGAAAACAUCAACAUAUACUUGGAGAACGCAGAUAAGGCAUGCGAUCUACUAUCACUGCAACUAGAGAUCCUACUAAAAGAAUACCAUAAAAACUCCAGGAAGUUUCUUCGCCUCCACAAAUCAUACAAUACGUCCAUUGCAGAAGUAGCUAUGCUACUCCGUUUUGCAGCCAUGACCCAGUCGCCACCUAAGGAACAAAGCAAUUUCAUAAGAACUAUUUUGAAAGAAAACGGAUCAUUAGAACAAGAACUAGUAUCUUUACUCGAGAUGCUUACGAACCAUUAUGAUCAAUGCUCGAUCGCUUUAGAUAUCUUAAAGUCCAACAGCGAAAGCGACGGGGUUAACUACGAAGUUCUCCAAAACGACACUGCUGAGCUUCCACAUGUGCUACGAGAAUUUGCCGCAAUUCACGAUAUAAUCAUGAAUAACGAGACAAGAGCGGCGAAGUUCGUGGAACUGAAAUUACCUGCCAUAGAAGGUUUCAUAGAACAAUCUUCAUCGCUUUCAGAAGCGAAUGUUGCAUUUAAGAACGAGAAGCUCACGGGAUUUGUUUUGCUUCUCCUAAAAGUCGAGGAAAUAUUAAGGCUGUGUCUGGUCGAUGUACCUGAACCAUCUGCAAAACUGGCGAUUGACCUCUAUACUGAUGUGGUAAAGCACCUCUUGCACCACUAUACCCAGUUUUAUGCUACCUUCAAGCAGCAUUAUAUCACAGAACUUCACUAUGAACAGUACGUGUAUCCCCGGAAAUAUGUCAAGAUGCUCGACGACUUUUUGCAUGGACCUCUUUUGGAAUUGGAAGAGGAAGAGAAGGAUAGAAGAGCGCAGUGGUUAACCAAGUACGGUGAUUAUAUUCCAAAGGAGCUUGUCUUACCCGGAUUCCUGAGCCAGCCUUACGUGGUACAAGUCACCACAGAAGGUCUAGAAAUGCUCCAAACAGAAACAGCUGAGGAAGAUGAAGCCAAGCUAUUGCUGCUUUUAAAGAGGCACCAUGGAUUGGGCGCACAUACUCAGAAUGCUGGCCAUACUCUGAGAAGAUAA